AUGAGCCACCUCGCUUCACCCCCCCAAAAACAUAAGGGGGAGCACAAAUGCCACGGUCUCCCCCGUGGUUCAGAAAGGGGAAGCUCCUCCCGGGACAAGGACCGAAGUGCUACGGUCAAUAGUUCAGUGCCCAUGCCUGCCGGAGGGAAAGGAAGCCGGCCUAGUGCCCCCACACCUUCACCCCAGAAGACCCCCAACCGCCUGAUCAAUGAGAAGUCACCGUACCUCCUACAACAUGCCUAUAAUCCUGUGGAUUGGUAUCCCUGGGGACAGGAGGCCUUUGACAAGGCCAGGAAAGAAAACAAGCCCAUCUUCCUCUCAGUGGGAUAUUCCACCUGCCACUGGUGCCACAUGAUGGAGGAAGAGUCCUUCCAGAAUGAGGAGAUUGGCCGCCUGCUCAGUGAGGACUUUGUCAGUGUGAAGGUGGACCGGGAGGAGAGGCCUGACGUGGACAAGGUGUACAUGACAUUUGUGCAGGCUACCAGUAGUGGUGGGGGCUGGCCCAUGAAUGUGUGGCUGACUCCCAAUCUCCAGCCCUUUGUGGGGGGCACCUAUUUCCCCCCUGAAGAUGGUUUGACCCGAGUUGGCUUCCGCACGGUGUUGCUGAGAAUCAGGGAUCAGUGGAAGCAGAACAAGAAUACUUUGCUGGAAAACAGCCAACGUGUUACCACAGCCCUGCUGGCCCGGUCAGAGAUCAGCAUGGGUGACCGCCAACUGCCACCCUCUGCCUCCACCAUGAACAGCCGCUGCUUCCAGCAGCUGGAUGAGGGCUAUGACGAGGAAUAUGGUGGCUUUGCUGAGGCCCCCAAGUUCCCAACACCAGUGAUCCUGACAUUCCUGUUUUCCUACUGGCUCAGCCAUCGGCUAAGCCAAGAUGGCGCUCGGGCCCAGCAGAUGGCUUUGCACUCUUUGAAAAUGAUGGCUAAUGGAGGCAUUCGGGACCAUGUAGGGCAGGGCUUUCACCGCUACUCCACGGACCGCCAGUGGCAUGUUCCACACUUUGAGAAGAUGCUCUAUGACCAGGGGCAGCUGGCAGUGGCCUAUUCACAGGCCUUCCAGAUCUCUGGUGAUGAAUUCUACUCAGAUGUGGCCAAAGGUAUUCUACAUUACGUAGCUCGGAGUCUGAUCCACCGGUCUGGAGGCUUCUACAGUGCUGAGGACGCAGAUUCACCCCCAGAGCGGAACAUGCGGCCCAAAGAAGGUGCCUUCUAUGUGUGGACAGUCAAAGAGAUCCAGCAGCUCCUCCCAGACAGUGUGCCGGGAGCCACCGAGCCGCUGACCUCGGGCCAACUUCUCAUGAAGCACUAUGGACUCACAGAGGCUGGCAACAUCAGUCCCAGUCAGGACCCCAAGGGGGAGCUGCAGGGCCAGAAUGUGCUGACCGUCCGUUACUCACUGGAGCUGACGGCUGCCCGCUUUGGCUUGGAUGUGGAUGCUGUUCGAACUCUGCUCAACGUGGGGCUGGAGAAGCUCCUACAGGCCCGGAAACAUAGGCCAAAGCCACACUUGGAUAGCAAGAUGCUGGCUGCCUGGAAUGGCCUGAUGGUGUCUGGCUUUGCUGUGACCGGAGCUGUACUAGGCAUAGACAAGCUAAUCAACUACGCAACCAACUGUGCCAAGUUCCUCAAGCGUCACAUGUUCGAUGUAGCCAGUGGUCGCCUGAAGCGGAUGUGCUAUGCAGGAAGUGGGGGAACUUUGGAGCACAGCACUCCACCCUGCUGGGGCUUCCUGGAGGACUAUGCCUUUGUGGUGCGAGGCCUGCUGGACCUGUAUGAGGCCUCACAAGAAAGCGCUUGGCUUGAAUGGGCUCUGCGUCUGCAGGACACGCAGGACAGACUCUUCUGGGACUCCCGGGGUGGCGGUUAUUUCUGCAGUGAGGCUGAGUUGGGAGAUGGCCUGCCCCUACGUUUGAAAGAUGACCAGGAUGGCGCAGAGCCUAGCGCUAACUCAGUGUCAGCCCACAACCUGCUUCGGCUGCACGGCUUCACAGGCCACAAGGACUGGAUGGACAAGUGUGUGUGCCUGUUGACGGCCUUCUCUGAGCGCAUGCGCCGUGUCCCAGUGGCAUUGCCAGAGAUGGUCCGAGCUCUCUCAGCCCACCAGCAGACUCUCAAGCAGAUUGUGAUCUGUGGAGACCCCCAGGCUAAGGACACCAAGGCUCUGCUGCAGUGCGUCCACUCCAUCUACAUCCCUAACAAGGUGCUGAUUGUAGCUGAUGGUGACCCUUCAAGCUUCCUGUCCCGCCAACUGCCCUUCCUGAGCACCCUACGACGGCUAGAAGACCGGGCCACUGCCUAUGUUUGUGAGAAUCAAGCCUGCUCAAUGCCCAUCACAGAGCCCAAUGAAUUACGGAAAAUGCUACACCAGUGACUUCCCCAGCCCCUUGAGCCGGGCCAGAAGGUUGAGCUUCCCAGUCUAUCAGAUUCAGGCCCUAUAGGCCUGUGUAGAACCUUCGGCCCUCCUUGGGCUCCAUGCCACCUGGUGACCUUGGCC